AUGGAAAAAUAUGGGCUUAAGGACAAUGAGUGGUUUUCCUCGAUGUUUGCCUCACGAAAAUUUUGGGUGCCUGUAUUCUUUAGGGAUUUUCCAAUGAGUUCACUAAUAAAGACCACAUCAAUAUCUGAAUCUCAGAAUAUAUUCUUCAAGAGGUACUCCAAGUCUCGUUCUAAUCUUGUUGAAUUUCUUAUGAAUUACAACAAUGCAUUGGAUGGCCAAAGGAGCAACAACAAUAGGCUAGAAUACUUGGAUUUUAACACAAUUCCAACUUUGAAAACAAAUUCAGCCCUCGAGAAGCAUGCUUCGACAAUAUAUAGUGAUAGUGGUUUCAAACUAAUUCAAAGUGAGAUUGAGGAAGCAGUUGACAAUGUGACUAUGGUGACAGUGUCAAACAUUGGUGAGAAUGAGAUUUAUGUAGUCAACGACAAGUUCUCGAAGAACUGGACUGUGUCAUACUCCACAUCUUUUGAUUCAUAUGCAUGUAGUUGUAAGAUGUUUGGGAGGAUUGGGCUUGUAUGCAGUCACAUUUUUUGGGUCUUGAGAAACAAAAAAAUUAAAUUAAUCCCUAAUGAGUUACAUGGAGGACGCUGGUUGAAGUCUAAAUUUGUCAAGGCUGUUUAUUGUGGGUUUGAUGAUGAUAUUGAAACAUUUAUUGUUGUGGAUGAGACGAAGCAGGAGUAUAGGGAUAUGCAUGGAGAUUUUUAUGAUAUUGCACGGCUUAUUGAAGGAGAUGGUGAUAAAAUUCGAGCAUUUAGACAAAUUAUGGCUGAAGGGAGAAAAUAA